AUGGUGUCUGUUUGCCUUGGUUGUGAACAUUUUCCUCUACAGCACACAGCAAUUAAUCUAGCAGAGUAUUUAAAAAAUAUAACAAUUGAAUGGAAAAUCAAUAAUAAAGUUGUGGCUGUUGUAACGGACAAUGCAGCAAAUAUGGUUUCAGCAGUACGUCAGUUACAUUUUCGACACAUAGGAUGUUUUGCUCAUUCCAUCAAUCUUGUUGUUCAAAACUCACUAGAAAACAUUUCAGAAAUAGUUUCAAAAGUAAAAAAAAUAGUCGAAUUUUUCAAACGCAGCAGUAACGCAUUAACAAAACUCCAAUCAACACAAGCUCAAAUGGGUUUACCUUUAUUAAAAUUGAAGCAAGAUUGUGUGACGAGAUGGAACUCGACAUUUGAUAUGUUGAAGAGAAUUAUUUGUAAAAAAGAUGCUGUAAUUUCAACAUUAGCCCUAUUACAAAGUAGUAUUGAUACUUUGACUCCAGAAGAAUGGGAUAUAGUUGAUAAAGCCAUUCUUAUAUUACAAAUUUUUAAUGAGGUUACAAUAGAAGUUAGCUCAGAAAAAACUGUAUCUUUAUCAAAAAAAAUAGUUUUAGUUAGUUCCACGACAGCAACUGUAAAUACUUAUGUUGACGAUAUAUCUUUGCCUCAUGCAGUUCAUCAAAUGGCAGUUUCACUGAAAAAUGAACUACAAAAACGGUUUAAAGACAUUGAAGAGACUGAAAUUGUGGCACAAGCAUCAAUCUUGGACCCUCGAUUUAAAAAGUAUGGUUUCACUGAUGAAGUAAAAUAUAAAAACGCCUAUACAAAUUUAAGAACACGAAUAGGAAACAUUCGAUUACCGUCAACACCAUCUAACAACCUCGAACAAGCACCAACAACUUCAACAUCACAACCUCCAGUAUCUUUGUUAUGGAAAAUUUAUGAAGAUAAAGUUGAGAAAUUCAAAUCCACAGUGUCAUCAACUGCAGCAGGAAUAAUAGAGUUAGAUAAAUACCUCGGAGAAACAUUAAUUGACCGUAAAGAUGAUCCGUUAAAAUGGUGGUAUGAACGAAAACAUAUUUAUCCUCAUCUAUAUGAAUUUGCUAUGAAGCGCCUCUGUGUGACAGCAACUAGUGUUCCUUGCGAGAGAAUAUUUUCAGAAGCUGGACAAAUUAUUACGCAAAAAAGAAAUCGCUUGAACACAAAAAAAGCUUCACAGUUAAUAUUUUUACACAAUAAUCUUUCUUAA